AUCCUGACAGAAAGCAAAAUGUUGAGCCAUGUAGCUUCUUCAUUAAUAGCUUUUUAUAUCUUUUGGGCGAGCAUUUCUUCGGGCGAUGCUGGCCCAUUGGAUGCAUUAACAAGUUGGGCACGAGCUGACAGAAUUCCCAUUGACGUUAAUCUUCCGUGGUUACCUUUUGAGAACGAGACACGUUGUUAUGGCGAAUUAGGUUGUCUCAAUAUCACCCGGGAUUGGUAUCAUCUCAUCCAUAGACCUUUUAAUGUCUUUCCUCUGCCACGAAGUGUUAUCAAUACCCGAUUUAUUUUGUACACCGAAAAAAAUCCAACGGAAGGGCAGCUACUGAAUGCCGACGACGAUGGCGAAAGCAUCAAGAAAUCCAACUUUAAUGCGUCGCAUCCCACGAAAUUCAUCAUUCACGGUUUCAUAGAUACGCCAUUGUCGAAUUGGGUUUCCGAGAUGCGUGACGAGCUAAUUACGCGCGGAAGUAUGAAUGUGAUUGUCGUGGAUUGGGCAGGCGGAUCGUUGCCAUUGUACACUCAAGCGACAGCAAAUACGCGUCUUGUUGGUUUGGAAAUCGCACAUUUGAUUGAAAAGUUGCGCGAUGAUUUCAAGCUAAAAGUUGAGGAUGUUCAUCUGAUCGGACAUUCGUUGGGGGCACAUACUGCGGGAUAUGUCGGCGAAAGAAUUCCCAAAUUAGGGAGAAUAACGGGACUUGACCCUGCUGAACCGUAUUUCCAAGGCAUGGGAAAUGCCGUGAGACUUGAUCCGAGUGAUGCGCUAUUUGUCGAUGUCAUUCACACAGAUGGCAGAAGUUUCUUACUUUUGGAAAUCCCGGGUUAUGGAAUGAGUCAAGCCUGUGGGCAUUUAGAUUUUUAUCCAAAUAACGGAAAAGAACAACCUGGAUGUGCUUUGUCGCAAGAGGGCGCUGCUGUAAUUCCCUUAACUCUCAUCAAAGAUGGCAUUGAAGAAGCUUCAAGAGUUUUUGCUUGUAAUCAUGUUCGAGCAGUGAAACUUUUCAUCGACAGUAUUAAUGGGAAGUGUCCUUAUGUAGCGCAUCGUUGUCCGUCGUAUCAACAUUUUAUGGCGGGAAAAUGUUUCAAAUGUACAGCCGGAAAUUGUGCAUUGAUGGGAUAUCAUAGCACAUUGCCGAUCACGACGACAACAACAAAUUCGUCGGAUGACUCGAAUGACGUUGUGCCGAGACAAAAUACGGAAAUUGUUCGAGAGCCUGCAGCGCCUCAACCGGGCAAAUAUUUCCUUGCUACGGGAAAGGAAUAUCCUUUCUGUCAACGUCACUAUCGCUUCACAAUUGACUUGGCGAAACCCCGUCUUGCUGAAUCUUGGGUUCAAGGCUCCUUAAGUGCAGCAAUUUUCUCGGAUCGCGGAGCUGUUCGAAACAUUGAAUUGACUCCAAAAGGACAAUCUGCGAGAUUAGAGCACGGAACAACUUACCAAAUUGUUGUCACAAAUCCUCAUGACAUUGGAGAACGGAUACGAAAGGUUGAGUUACAUUGGGCACACGAAAUGAACGUUUUAGAGCCCCGAACAUUCUGUAUCCCGCUUUGGUGCAACGAUCAUCUCUACGUUAAAUCAAUACAAGUUGAAACUAUGCAAAUGCCAUCGAGAGAGAAACGUAAUACUGAAUACCCGAGCAAACUUUGCGCGCCAAAACGAGACUUUGCUGAUAUCGCGAAUCGUGGAUCAUACGCUUUUUAUGACUGUAAAAAAUAAACUCUCUGUUUUUGUUUGUUAUUUUUUUGUAUGUAAUAAGACUCUAUAUUUACUAAGUCAUUAUUUAGUUAAGUUAACGCAAUAGAUAACUAAAUUAGUUAAAUUUUUGUACU